UCCUGUCUCGAACUUGUUGCACAGAAGCAUUAUCUGACCCUGAUGAAUUACGAGAACCCUCCACAGUACCCCGGGCCUGGCCCCUCUGCUCCUGGGUACCCCCCGUACACACAGCAGCCAAACCCAGCAUACCCCGGCCCCAACCCUGCCUACCCAGGUCCAGGGGUCAACCAGGCUUACCCAAACUACCCCCCGGGCCCCGGCGGCCCCUUCCCGGGCUCCGGACAGCCUGGCUACCCAGGAUACCCACAGUAUGCCCCGCAACCUGGACAGGUGUACGGAGAUGCUCCAAAGAACACAGUGUAUGUUGUAGAAGAGAGUAGACGGGAUGACUCUGGGGAUAGCACCUGCCUCACUGCCUGCUGGACUGCGCUGUGCUGCUGCUGUCUCUGGGACAUGCUCACCUAGAUGAGCCGGGAUGUCGGCACACCACGUGGGCCUCCUCCCUGGAGGAGCCUCCUCUGCUCGCACUCAACUCAAUGUAUUGCGGACAAUGCUCCCUCC